AUGAUGCAACGAGCACCCGUUGAUACAGCGCAUGUUGAGUAUCAACAGCUACCAGCACCCACAUUGGAUAAGAAACCACUGCCUUCUACCACAGAAACAACAGGGCCUCCUCCUCCGCUCAAGCAGCCUCUUUCCACUGAAAACAAGUAUUACAACAACCUAUCCGACAACCUGCCUCCUCCUCCGCUUAAGCAAUCGCUUUCAACUGAAAACAAGUUCUUUGAUAAUCUACCUCCUCCUCCACCCAAGCAUCUCGACCAACAACAAGUGCUCGAUGUCUCGCCCAUUCCUCAAAAGACAAUGUCAGGUGGUCUCAUGUCACAACCCCAGUCCAUUUAUUCCACCUUGAGUUCCACUGGUUCAGCAACAUCGUUGUCACUUGGUGGUGGUCCUCGUCAACAACAACAACAGCCACAUUCGCCUACACCUUCUUCACAACCCAUGUCGGGUGAAGGGAGCACUCGUUCAAGCUCUGUGGAAGUAGCUUCAGUUGCAACGACGACCAACGAACAACUAUUGGAUCAUUCACAUCUCAAGCCUGGCAAUAAGGCAUCAUUGUUAUCGUAUGCACAGACCAUCAACAUGUAUCGCGAGAAUGCCAAAAAGACCAACAAUCCAGAUAUUCAAUGUGAUUUCGCUAUCUUCAUGGUGGAAGCUGCCAAACCGCUCUUGGAUGAUGAGAUCGCACGCUGGGAGUAUCUAUCAGAGGCUGAGAAAUUACUCAAACAACUUGCAUCACGAGGACACGCCGAAUCCCAAUACUAUCUUGGAAACCUCUAUGCCUCGGGCUUACUUAGCAGAAAGGGAAAGAACGAGUUUGACAAGGCUUUUCCAUUAUUCGUUCAGGCAACUAAACAUCAUCAUGCGGAUGCCGCUUACAGAGCUGCCAAAUGCUAUGAAGAUGGACUAGGAACACGACGUGAUAGCUCGAAGGCGGUUCAAUUUUACAGAAAAGCAGCUACAUUGAGCCAUCCAGGUGCCAUGUAUCGACUUGGCGUUGCUGAAGUGAAUGGAGAAUUGGGAAUUUCCAAGAAUGCUCGUGAUGGUGUAAAGUGGCUCAAACGUGCUUCCGAAGCUGCUACUACCGAAUACCCCCACGCUAUCCAUGAAUUGGCCUUGCUGCAUGAAAAGGGAAUUGACAAUGUCGUCUUUUUGGAUCUGGAUUAUGCUGUCUCUUUAUAUGCACAAGCGGCUGAAUUGGGCUAUGCACCCUCCGCAUUCAGAUUGGGCGAGUGUUAUGAAUACGGCAAGCUCAACUGUCGACAAGAUCCUGCAUUAUCGAUCCAUUAUUACACCAUUGCAGCACAGCAAGGCCAUCGAGAAGCAUGCUUUGCCUUGACGGCAUGGUAUCUUGUUGGCUCACCAGAGAUUUUACCACAAUCGGAUCAAGAUGCCUAUGUCUGGGCGCGACGUGCAGCUGAAAAAGGUCUUCCAAAAGCUGAAUACGCAGUGGGAUAUUUCACCGAGGUUGGCAUUGGCACCAUGAGAAACCCUGAUGAAGCCAUGCACUGGUAUAAGCUAGCUGCGGAUCAUGGUGAUAAGCGAGCCAUUCAAAGGUUGCAAGGAAAGCCCGGUGAAUCACAACAGCAAGACAAGAACAAAAAAGGUGGACAAGAUGACUGUACUAUCAUGUAG